AUGAGCUUCAAACAGCGCCGUAAUGACAACAGUUUCAGUGUAGCUAACAAUUUUUCUAGGCACAAAAACAAAAGCAUUGAAGAUAAUAAUAAUAAUAGUAAUAAUAAAAAUAAUAAUGAUAAUAAUAAUAAUGAUAAUAUUGAUAAUGAUAAUAAUAUUUACAAUAAUAAUUGUGACGUAAAUGUUCUUGACAAAUUUGCCACCAACUACGACAUUCCUGAGGUCGUCAUCAACAGAAUAUUUUUCUCAUCACCUUCGUCACCAUUUUCGAAAACGCUAUCCCUGCCCUCGUCACCAUCGCUACGUUUAUCACCAUCGUCGAAUUCAUCACCAUCGCCACGUCUUUCACCAUCAUCCUCUCCUUCGUUCUCACCAAAAUCGGAUUAUGGUAAUCCAACUCGGGCUCCUACUUCCACCAACUCAAACACACUGCCAACCAUUCCGGCCACACCAUCUCCACUGAAAAAAAUAGCCAAACGUUCGGCAACCAAACUGGCGACACAGUUCACCAAACCAUCAAGGAAACUCUCCACGACCAAAAAAUUGGCCAACGCCACGAAACGCCACACGAAACCUCUUGCAUCUUCGUCGCCGGCUGCUGGCAGGCUGGUUUCCAAGUUGAAAAUUAUCAUUCCGAAAAUUAGAACCGGAAAUCAACAACAAACAACAGCAUCCAACUCGACAACAACUACAGCUACAACAAAAUCUCCAGCAACAUGCAACUUAACAGCAACAAAAGCAUCAUCAUCAACAACAACAACAACAAAACGGAAAACAUCAGUUGUCUCAAAAACUAAUUCUGAAACUACAGCAUCAACUUUGCCGACGACAACAACAACAAAAUUAUCCUUGCCAUUACCAACAUCAUUAACAUUAUUACCGACAACAACAUCAUCAUCAUCAUCUUUUUCAACAAUUCCAUUCAAUCCAUUAGAGACGGAACUUUUCAACGAGGAUGAAAGCAAACCGAUUAAUUUGUCAAUAAAAUCUUCACAAAAUGACGUCACCCUAAAUUACGAAAAUAUCAGAAGAUGUCAAAAUUUAAAAUACGGACCAACGACAACGACUGCUAUGGCUUCAACUACUACAACAAAUACUACAAUCAGUUUCACUGAAACCUCUGCCGUUAUUACCAAGACUGAAACCACCUUUUCAGCCAAAACAUUAAACACAUCAACAACAAUGACAACAACUUCAACAUCAACAGCAGCAGCAGCAGCUGAAGAAGCAGCAACAACAACAACAGCAAAAAGAGAUACCCACGGCUUGACUCUUCCUAAUUUAAUUGCAAUAGAUGACGGAAAAGAGAACCACAAUACUAAUUUUAUUGACGCCAACAACGUUUAUAACAACAACUUCAACACAAACAUCAACAACAGCAACAACAUCAACAUAGCAUUGUCUAACAAACGUAUCUUCACGCUUAACAAUAUCACCAGCGAACAUGAAAAGCAACUAAGCGAUGUUGAAAAGGAUUCAUUUGACACAAUUAAAGGUACCAAAUACUUUAUUAGUCACAUGGAUAUCAACAACAUUAACAACUACUACAACAUUAACAACAACAACAGCAACAACAACCACAACAACAACCACAAUAACAUCGAUAACAACGAGAGUAGUUACAUAUCUAACAACGAAAUCUCUGCAGAGAAUAAUUUAAUCAUGAUCCGCAAUGACAUCAACGAUAACAUCAUAAUUGAUGACAACGUCAAGAAAUACAACAGCAAAAACUUUCUUGGCGAUAAUAUAGUCGGUGACAUCAUCAAAAAAGACAUCAAAAACAACAACGUAUACACCAGUAACAUCAACAUAGACAUCAGCAACAGCAACAUAGAUAUCGAUUACAACAACAACAACAAUAGACACAUCAAUAACAACAACAACAACAAUAACAACAACAUCCUACCAUAUUUUUCUGAUAUGACCUCUCUAAAUCUUGAACUAACUGACGAAGGUGGACAACCACAACUUCAUCAACAAAAACAACAACAACAACAACAUCUUCUACAACAACAACAACAACAACAACAACUUCUACAACAACAACAACAACAACAACUUCUACAACAACAACAACAACAACUUCUACAACAACAACAACAGUCACCUAUGUUUUCACCAUCAUCGCCGUCAUUCUUACUGACCUCAUCAACAUCAACAUUAUCAGCGUCUCCAACGUCCCCAUCAUCACUUCCGUCAUCAUCGUCGUCACCACCAGCGUCGUUGUCGUCAUCAUCAUUCCAGCAUCCAGCUUCAUCAUCAUUGCCAUCAUCAUCGUCGUCGUCGUUAUCAUCAUCAUCACAGUUGAAAAGAAAACUUCCGCCGUACAGAUCACGAUCCGCCGAUAUUCUGGAAUCGUAUAACCGACAAUUGCCAAACCGCCUGCUCACAUCCCUGCUUGCCAUCCCCUUCUAUCCCAACAAUUCCAUCUCAAAUUACAACGCGCCAAAUGUUACCGACUACGUCAGAAUUGACGAUUGUGAGAAUGAUGAUGAUGAUGAUGAUAACAAUGUCAGAUUAAAAUUUAUUAAGCUUGAAAAAAAUGAUGACGAUAGUUGCUUGGGUCAGAAUAAUUUGGUGAUCGAUAUAUCGCCAGAUGCAACAUACCGACCCAAACUGAGAAACGAGGCAAGUUUUAUCGAUUUAACGGAUAAUAUCAGUAACAAUGACAGUUUGAAUUUGAACGGAAAUGGUUCGGAAGAUAAUGAGACCAUGGCCAAAAAAGGGGAUCUCAACGACAACGAUGACGUCAUCGACGUUUGUGAAAUCGUCAGUGGUGGCAGCUCAAGCGUCAAAGUUAUGGACAUCCUCAAUGGAAGAGUGAACAGUGUUUUCAACAAAGAUGGCAUUGAUAUCUGUGAAGCUAACAAUAACAACAACAACAACAACAACAAUAACAACAACAAUGGGAAAGCCACUACAAGUUGCACCACCGAAAGAAGCAGCAGCAGUAACUUCAAAGAGAGCGGUCGAAAAAGAAAAAUUGAAACAACUUGCAACGAUACAACAACGACAACAGGAACAACAUCAAUUACAUUAAUUGCAUCACCAACAACAGCACCAACCGCAACAUCAAAUUCGGCCUCUUGCGUGCAGAUCAGCAAAUCCAACUGCGUCAACAGCAUGGAUACUUUUAACCAAAAAAAAUUCAAAACAGAAUUCCACGAAAAAAACAACAAAACAGUUAGAUGCAACAACGUCAACAACGACGACCACAUUUCACUGCUCAGUCCUCGUCUGUCACAACAGAGGAAGGCUCUGAUGUUGUCCUCUGGUCAAAUAACCUACCAACAAGACUAUCAUUCGGAACAACAACAUCCAGAAUUACAACAGGACAAACAACAACAACAACAUGAUCAACAGCAACAUAUACAACAAAGAAAACAACAUCAUCAACAAAAUAAACAACAACAGCUAUAUGCGCAAACAGAAAAACCACAUAACAAACAACAACAGCAACCUCAACAAAAACUACAACACUAUCAACAUUCACCUAAACAGAGCCCCCAUUCAAAUCGUUGCCUUCCUCAGCCAUCCCACUUGCCGACAGAUGUUGAAUAUUCAUGUCUCCAAUGCUGCAGCGACAACCAACAAAACACCAUUCCAACAAAAUCUCCAGCAAAUUCACAGAUCAGUACAAAAACUGGUAUCGGCGGUGUUCCAUUUCACGAAGCAAUCAGAUCACCUUCACUGUCAAUCCCAUCAUCCAGAACAUUCCCAUUCCCGUCCCACUGCCUAAUGCCGCCAAAUAACAUUAACAUCAUAGAUGCUGAAACAAUUUAUUCUAGACAAAUUAAAUUCCAAGGAAACGAUUUUUAUCUAAAAUAUCCCCCCGGCAACCAGAAUGAGCGUUCGAAUGGAUCCUCCAAAAUUUUAUCGAAGCGAUCUUUUUCACCGAACUCGGUUGACUUUGAAACGUUCACAGCCAACCUUAAAAAAACGUGUCUGGAAAAAAUUAACAUCAGCAGUAGACGCAAAAACAUCGUUGUCAGUAGCAACAGUUGCCCUUCAAAUAAUUUUAUUAUUCCAACAAAACGUAUUCCUGAGCAGCAUCACUCCCAACACAAUCCAGGACACUAUGUCAAUCCCAUUCCUACAAUGAUUCCAAUGGGAGGAUAUCCUGUCAGAGACAGUCAACUCGCCCAUCCCGCCAUGCUUCAGUAUGACAUGCAGCAUCAACAGCAGCAGCAACAACAACAGUUCUUAUUAUAUCAACAACAACAACAAAUGUUAUUACAACAACAACACCAACAUCAUCAACAACUACAACAACACCGAAACAUUUUUCCAAGCAACAAUUUCAGCAGCAGCAACAACAGCCUACCGAAAAAGAAAAUGAAAUCAUACGGCGUAUUCAAUCAACCUAUUCCUAAUUUACCUCCAUAUCUGGAUAUUUCAAGAAGUCAACAUUUUCAUCUAAAAAAUUUUCCUCCUGCUUUUCCCUUUCCCUCGCAAAUUGACGACCCGCAAACUUUUUACAAGAUGCAAGCGUCUUAUUCGCCAUCGUUGUUUAUCAACAGGGUAGAAAACUCGUCAUGCCGGACAGAUGUGAACCAUCCCCAACAGAACCAAGCUCCACCCAAUUGCAGCAAAGAGUGCUCUCUUCCACUCGCGUGUCCUCCAGGUUGCGAUAGCAAGUGUCUCCUGCCACACGGCGCAUGUCCAGACAAUAAUCUUUUCAACCAGCUGCUUGCUAAAGAUUUCAGAAAUGGCGGGUCGGUGUAUGUUUCCAACGGAAAAAUUGUCGAUUCUGUAAAAAAUGUAGCUGCCCCGAGUGCCUUCACUGUUGCCGCUGAUAAAAAUCAUCUCGUCAAUAGAAACGUCAGCACUAGAACUAACCAAACCAACCACAAAACUAACAACAGCAUCAACUUUCCUAUCAACACCAUCCACAACAACCCAAACGACAUCAUGAACGGCUGCUCUUAUGAAUCGGAGUCAGACAAAUGUCUAGAAUGCAUCUCGCUAAAAUGUGCUGGUUACAACAGCAGACUGAAGCAACAUGACGCAGCUAAAAUGUCCUCCAUUCCGUUGUUGCAUCAUCGAGUUAUACAACAUCAUCAUCAACAACAGCAACAACAACAACAGCGUCAACAACAUCAGCAGCAACCACAACUCGAUCAGCACUUACAAUACUUGCAUCACAUGGAACAAAGUCACUUUGCUGUAAGAGAACAAGCCAAACAUACACCACAUCUCAAUUCAGCAAGACUCUCUAGAGCAUCCAAAUCACCGAAAACCAUCUACAACAACAAUUCCAACAGCAACAACCUCGGAAAAUGUAGCAGCGUCGGUCAGAACAGUGCGACGAAGCUUUCCAACCGGUGCGAAAUUGACGUGGAAACGGUGAAACAAAUCAUAAAAAAGGAAAGAGAGAACCAAUUGGGCAGUAACAACCAAAUUUUUCACGUGAACGAAAAUAACUUUGCCAACAACAACAACAAAAAUAAUGUAACGCACAAAGAUAUCAAAGCAGCACCAAAGACUAAUAAUUACACACAAGAAGGAAACAGUAGCAGCAACAACAACAGUAACAACAACAACAAUUCUGACAACAAAUACAAUGACCACAACAACCCAAAUUGCAACGAAAACUACGGCAAACUUCCUCAUUCGACAUCUCAUGAAAACCACAAACCAGAAGUUGUUGAACAUCAAACAGUGCCGUCACAAACUCAGCCUGGCAAUCAUGUAUGCGAGGCUUGUGGCAAACCCGCUCAGUUCGUCUGCUCCGCUUGUAGGACCGUCCCCUACUGCAGCUUCCAGUGCCAGGUUAACAUAAAUUAA